GGGUGAAGAUAUAUCUGUUACCUGGUGAAGCAAACACAACGGAAAAAAGUCGUACACUUGCGUUCGCAAUCGCGAGGGUAUUUCACGCGUACGCGACAGUUUUACAUGAACCACGCGAUAGGAGGAACGGAGAAAAUGAUCGAAAGUCAACUUCGAUAUCAAUAGUAUUGACGCGGUAGUGAUUUGAGUGAUUAGUUUAAAAACAUGGUUUUGUCUUAAGAUUAGACAUCCUAAUCUUAUGGUGAUUACCGAAAAACCAUGGUAAACCACGCUAACCAUGAGUCAUCCUACCUAUGACUGGGUACGAACUCCGCAUCCAUAGGAAGCGGCGGGGAAGAUAGACUGCUCGCUGAUAUCGUGUCGCGGCUGUCAGUGAUAUCGUUCAGUGAACAAGGCAAAAAUACGCAGAUUGAUUACGACUUGGAGGAAUGAGGCACCAGUCCAGCUCUAAUCAUCUGGGGGACCUGACCUUCGAGCGUGUAUGUGUUUGCAUGUUCGCAGGUGCUGAUAUUGUUUUGAAUUGUUUUAUAUGCUAUUUUUCGACAGUAAUUCCAAAUUCAACGAGAGUGAAAUAGUCACCCGUGAUCGGAGAAUGAGAAAGUGCGCGUUCGCGGAUUUGUCAACGGCGAAUCGAACGGAAGCAAAAAAAUCGUGAAGUGAUAAACGGUGUUGGAUAACGGCAAUAGUUGCACAGCAUAGCAUCAAGCGGAAGUGCAUACCAUUACAUACAUUAUGGUUUUCAAUUGUACCCUUUGCGGGAUGGGCCCGAGGGCGACCAUCCUUUUCGUCGGACUAGUGUCAAUAGCAUUCGCCGGUGCAUACACCUUUUUCACAGUGUCUGGAAUUUUAGCACAUACCUGCAGUAUUAACAUGACUAGAUCUCCAGAAAUGUACGCUAUAUACCUCUUCUAUCUUCGGUCCUCCGAAUGUGGAAACAUUAAUCUAACCCAUUUGGGCCUGCCGGGUUCCAUCGCCGAAGUGCAAGUUGACGUUCCAGAUGUUGCUGCUGCCGCUCAAAGGACUUAUAUUUUCUGCAUUAUCGGAGUUGUCCUAUUCGGAUUAUGGAUGAUUACCUCUUUCAUCAUGUUGGGAUCAGCCUGUACACCAUGUAUGAGUCGCUGCUGCAUUGCAAUGGGAAUCAUUCCAUAUACUAUAACCCUGUUUCUCGUGCUGACAUUCAGCGCAGUCACAUUCGUAUUCUAUCUAAUAGAUUUCAUUGGAAGUUUCGAUAUGUAUUUCGUAAUGGAUUUACUGGAAAUCCAAAACCAAGAAGUUGUUCGCUAUGCAUUCGAACAAAUCGAAAGCAUAUAUCUAAUCGUGCCUUCGCUAUUACUGUGGCUUACGGCUAGUUUUGGAGUUAUCCUAUGGUUUAUGUUCCUGAUUCUUGCGUUUGUAAUGCUCGGAACUGCAAGCCGUCUAUGGAAUGAAAACAAACCGGCUCCUUCGUAUAAUAACGUAACUCAAGCCCCAAGAACUAUGAUGGUACCAGCCCCUGCGCCAAAUGAAAUGAGGGAAGAACCCAGACCACCGUCAAUAAACCUUACCGUUACUGCCGCAAGAUACGACGAUACAGCUAGACAGCCAAACGAUAUUUUACCUUACAGAGAAGUUUCACCCAGCAAUGUAAAUGUUCGUCGUACCGUAGAGCCUUUGAAGAGUGGCCAUGAACUUCCACCCGACCACGAAGCAAACAAUUAUCCGAACGCUCCGCCGAGCCCACUGCGACCAAACACUAUGAUCAAUCCGUACACGGAUAAGCGAUUUACUUAUUUACCCGGUAACCCACAACCGUUUUCUUAUCUUGCGGGCCCACCACAAAUUAGUCCCCGGAAUUCUGCUAACGUCCCAACGGAAGUACGAGGACAGCUGCCGUGGUCAUACUUCAAAGGAGUACCAGAUCAAGGGCCAGUACCGAGAAGGGCGACCUCUACCCUUAGCGAUCAUAAAGAGUUCCCCGGUGAGGAGUACAGAUCGCCAAUGACUAAACCUACUGCUCCCGACGAUCGUUCCAGUGACGAAGGAAAAUGGAGCGGACCAGAAUAUAGGUAUUAAAUGUGCAAUAAAUAGGAGUAGAACCAAAGAUGCCAUUAUCGAACUGUUAUGUUUAUAUAAAAUGAUAGUAUUGUUUGAUUUGUAAAUAAUUGUUAGCAUGGCUUAGCACUGCAGUGCAGUGUAGGCUAAUUGAACGGUAACAUUCGAGUGAGAAACGAUAGCAAAUUAAAUGAAAAGAAAUAAAAACGACAGUGUAUGUACUGAAUACCUAUUUCUAGUCGGGACAUAUUCAGGCCUAAGUUA